AUGGGAAGAAAAUCAAGAAAGAAACAAAAGGAAGAAAGCGAAAGUGAAGAUUCAUUUACUGACUCAGAGGAAGAAGUUAAACCCAAGAAAACACGCGGAAGACCAAAGAAAAAUCAGAAAAACAAAGAUUCUGAAGAUGUUGAACCAGAACCAGAAGAUAUUGAUGAUUGGACCCAAUUACCUAUAGAAAGUUUGCGAGAAGAACUCAAGAAAAGGAAUUAUUAUCCUCCAAUGGUUGAAUUCUUUGAUAGGCAUCAAUUAAUUAUGAUAUUAAAUGAAAAACCUUCAGACUCAUUUCAAUUGCCUUCAGAAACAAGAUCUUUCAAUGUGAUGAUGCAACACGGAAUUUUAAGCAAACUUAAUACUCAAUUAUUAAAUCAUUCAUUAACCCAAUCUCAAAUAUCAACAUUACCAGAGGAUACAAAGAACCAGAUCAAUUUAGCUUAUAAUUCCGGAAUUACAACUGAUGAAAUAAUUUCAAAGUAUAUUAAACCUGUUCUGAAGAAAUGA